AUGCAACUGGUCCCCUGCCUGCUGUGCUGUCCGAGCAGCAGUGUGGAAACAUCAGAGUGCAUCGACGAGAAGAAAGCGGAAUGUGCGACAGCAGCGGCGCCGGCAACGGCCGAGGCGGAGAACACGCAGAACGUGACGAAGAACGAGCUCAACGGCCACGCGGCCAAUGACGAUGUGUCCGAUGUGACGACGUCAACGAAACUGGAUGACAGGGAUUGUUCCUAUGAACAGGGAGAAGGAAUUAGGCAACACUUGAUUGAUGCCCAUGCGAAAUUUGUCGCUAAAGCAUUUCUGUACCCGGAUCUAUCAAGUUCGAUUCAUUUCUGGUUAAUGGCUUGUGUGGAAUAUGGUACCCCACCGAAUGAUCCGAUGAUCAGCCAGAUCUGCUCCACCGCCACCACUACGGCACCAUCGGCGGCGACGGAUGGCGUUGACGGACUCUGUGCGGCUACGGCAGGUUUUCCUACCUGGCGUCUUCUUUUAUGA